AUGCCGUCUGCAUCAGCUCUUUACACAUCGUCUGAAGUAGGAUCUUCUUAUUGCGCAUUCUGUAGCAAGAAACACAAGUCUGAGAAGUGCUGGGAUAUUCAGAAGCUCUCAUUAAAGGAACGUGAAGAAAAAAUUAAAACAGCCCGUUUAUGUUUUAAGUGUCUAAGUAAAGGACAUAUUGCCAGUGGCUGUCGAAUCAAGUGUUCCAAGUGUAAUGGAAAUCAUAAUUCUCUUCUGUGUAGAGCAAAGGGUGAAAUAAACACAGAUAAAGCUAUGGAAGGUGAUAUGAGUGUUAAGAAGGUUAGUGAUAAUGCCGAACCUUCUUCAGAAAAUUGCAGUCCUCGAGUGAAUCAUGUUGGAGUUGCUCUUAGCAAGUGUAAUGUGUUGACAAAAACUAGCUGUGUGUUACAAACAGCUAGAGUUAAAGUGUAUGGUGAUUCAGGUAUUUGUUGUGAAGCCACCUUGUUGUUUGAUACUGGCUCCGAUAGAUCCUAUGUAUCCAGUAAUCUUGUGAAGAAAGUUAAGCCUAAGUGGGUGAGCUCGGAAACAGUGUCAUAUGCUGCUUUUGGAGGUAGUAAGUCUCCUCCAGGUAAACAGAGUAAUAUCUUUGAUUUGAAAUUAGUGGGUUUACAAGGUUUAAAACAUUUAAUGGCAUUAGAGAUUCCAAAGGUUUGUGCUCCGUUAACUAGACCUUGUAUUCCUAGUAAAUUGGUUGAUGCCUUUUCAGAUUUCCAACUUGCUGAUGAUUACAAGAAUAAUAGCCACCUAAGUAUAGAUAUACUUGUAGGUUUGGAUGCUUAUUGGGGAUUUAUGGACCCUGAAAUAAAGCCAUAUCAGAGUAAUGGAUUAGUAGCUCAAAAGUCUGUAUUUGGUUGGGUUUUGUCUGGCUCAUGGAUGAACUCUUCUGACAAGCCAUUUGAGUCUACCCAAAUGUUAUGCAUAGGGAAUGUAACGGAUUCUGAUUUAAGUGAAUUUUGGAGUUUAGAAUCUGUUGGAAUAAAUCAAAAGGAAACUGUUUCUAACCCAUUUACCUCAGACCCUGUUCUACAGCAAUUUUGUGGAAAUGUUGAGUUUGAUGGGGAGCGUUAUGAAGUAGGCUUACCCUGGAAGUCAGAUGAAUGUAAGAAGAAUCUUAGAAAUAAUGAGGGACUUGCUAGAAAAAGACUAGAAGGAUUAGAGCGUAAGUUAGAUAAGGACCCACAACUUAAGAAACAAUACUCUGAGGUGUUUACUGGCUAUGAAGAAGAGGGAAUAAUUGAGGAAGUCCCUUCAAAUGAGGUUUUAAGUUCUCAGCCUACAUAUUAUAUGCCUCAUCGUCCUGUUGUUAAAGAAAGUAGUGCUUCAACUAAGAUUAGGCCAGUUUUUGAUGCUUCUGCAGCUAGUUACAAUGGCAUUUCUUUAAAUGAUUGUCUUGAGUCUGGUCCUUCACUUAAUCCUGAUCUUGUGAAAGUUUUGAUUCGUUUCAGAAGGUGGAAGGUUGCACUGACUGCUGAUAUUACCAAGGCUUUCUUACAGAUCUGUGUUCAGGAAAAGGACCGAGAUGUGCAUCGCUUUUUAUGGAAAUGCAAAGACUCCAUUAGAAUUAUGAGGUUUGUUCGUGUUCCCUUUGGCAACACAAGUAGCCCUUUUUUGCUAAAUGCAACUAUUAAACAUCACUUACAGUCUUUUCCUAAUACUGAAGUCAUAGAAGAAUUAAAGGAAAACCUUUAUGUGGAUGAUUGGCUGUCGGGGGCAGACAGUGCAGAAGAGGCUUCUGUUAAGUUUAAAGAAGCUCAGAGAAUUUUGGCAUUAGGUGGGUUUCCUCUUUCUAAAUGGCAUUCAAACUGUAAAUUACUGACUACAAAGUUCAAUAACAAAAUUGAUCAUGGUAAUGAACAUGUAUCCACCAAGGUUUUAGGUAUGAAGUGGUUAUCCUUAACAGACCAGUUUGUCUUUGAGGAAUUUGAUUUUGACUCAGAGACACAGUUGGUGUCAACAAAAAGAGCAGUACUUAGUCUCAUAGCCAAACUUUUUGACCCUCUUGGUUUGAUUAGUCCCUUUGUCAUGUUUGCUAAAAUCCUCUUUCAGGACAUAUGGAGACUUGGGCUUGAUUGGGAUGAAGUACUACCUAAUGAGCUGCAAAAUAAGUUCCAUAAUUGGGUUAAAAGUAUUGCUGCAUUUAAAUAUUGGAAGAUAAAUCGGUGCUAUUUUCCAGAAAUAUCAUGGAGAGAGUUGUCGGGUCUAGAACUUCAUGCCUUUGGUGAUGCUUCAGAGAAGGGGUAUGGAGCUUCUGUGUAUUUGAGAGUUCCCCUUGUGGAUGGGACAUACCAGGUGUCAUUUGUAGUAGCAAGGUCUAGGGUAGCUCCUAUAAAAAGGGUUACUUUACCCCGACUAGAGUUGCUUGGUGCUUUACUUUGUGCACGGCUCUUAGAUUUUGUGAAGUCUGCCCUAUAUCUUGAUAAGACUGUAACCUAUUGUUGUUGGACUGACUCAAAGGUUGCACUUGCAUGGAUAAAGGGUAAUCCUAGUAGGUGGAAGGCAUUUGUGUCAAAUAGAGUUGUUGAAAUUCAGAGUCUCACCUCCCCAUGUCACUGGUACCAUUGUUCAGGGAAGGAAAAUCCUGCUGAUCUCAUUUCUAGAGGGGAGUUAGCUGAGCCACUUGUGAAUUCUACUUUAUGGAUGAAUGGGCCUUCUUGGUUGUCUAAACCUUUAACUUUAAGUGACAAAGGAGAAGCUGUGGAGCUACCUGUAGAAGAUAGUUACAGUGAAAAGAACAUUUCUUGUGUAUCUGUAACCACUCCUAAAAUAUUUGAGUUUGAGAGAUGGAGUCAGUUCAAUAAAGCCCAUCAUGUAGUGGCUUGGGUUAUGAGAUUUAUAAACAAUACCCGACCUCAUUCUGUAAAAAUGUCAGGUCCAUUGUCUUCUGAUGAGUUGGUUAAAGCCAAGACCAAAUUGUAA